AUUGACAUUAGAAGCAGUUUGAAAUUAAUUUGUUUUGUUUUCUUUGUUUAGUUAAUAAAAAAUAUACUGCACACUUGUUUAAGAAAUGAAGUGUACGACGUGACCAUAGUUCUUAUUUAUUUUUAAGUAGACGUCAAAAUGACUUCCGAGGUUGAUUUUGUAAAAACAAAUGAAUUUAUACAACGACGAAAGUUGAGGCUACAGCAGGUUCGGGAACAAUCAAAAGAUAUUGCUAAGAAAAUUCGACAGCGUGCUAAAGUAGAAACUUUACGGCAAGGGAUAGACGUUGAUGCACAGAAAAAAAAGCAGUACCUUGAAUGUCAAAAGCAAUUUGUGGAUAAAUUGCAAGAAAUUUAUGUCAAAGGUUUAGAGGAUGUGGGCAAAGGUCAUAGGAAUGCAUCAAAACAACUUCAACAAGGUUUUGAGAAGAAGGUUGACAAGUCAAAAUUAAGGGGUAAAGAAGCAGUGGCUGAAGUUAGACGAAGAAAGCAAGAACUAUUAGAUAAGAAAAAAGAACUGUUAGAUAGAAAACUGCUUGCUAGGGAAGUGGCUAAUGAAUUAAGUAGAGAAAAAUCUAAUGUUGUUGCUAAAACUCUAAUAACAGGAAAGGAGUCCAAUUUUGCAGCCGACAAUAACGAUCCAGAGAAUGAUAAUAUUCAAAGAAACAUACUUGAACCCAUAGAAAAGGUUGAUAUGGGAACACAGUUAAAUUUAAAUGAACCAACUAAUGGUUACCAGACAGAUAUACCAGAACUAUUGUUACCAGAGAAUGAAACUAUAAGAGAACCGGUUGAUGUACCAGAGAAGCUCGAAAUAAAGAGACCUAAUCUUUUUGCACUCAGUGAAGAAAUGCCAUCUAGUUUGCGAGGUGGUCCAGUAAAUACUCCUCAGUUCCAACAAAUGAAGUCAGCGGUAAAUUUGGUUUCUGAACAUAUACAAAACAGACACCUCCGCCUACGAGAAACAGAGGCAAGACUAAAUAAGAGGCAAGAUGAGGAGUUGCGGAACAUUAAACAGACCAUAAUGCAAACCAGAGCAUCAAAGUCGAAAGGUAAUCCCUCUGACAAUGUGUGCCAAGUCCUGGACAAUCAGGCUAUCUCUGUUCCAUCAUGGAGAGACGAGCGGAAUUGUAAAUAUUGUGUCAAAACUUGUGUCAAAUCUGCUAUCCCCCCUAUCAAUAGCAGAAGAUUCAAAUCAAUUAUUAAUUCAUCUAUUAAUAGGAAUAUCAUGUCUGCAAGGUCACCCAAAAAAUAUUUUCCAAUGCACAAAUUAGAACAAAGUGCAUUUGCUACUAAUAACUCCUACUCAAGGAGCUUCAAACAGCCAGUUAAUGGUAUUAUCAAAGAUAAUUGUGCCAGUACGAAUUCUGUAGAUACCGCACAAAAAGGUUCAGUGACAAUGUACAAUCAUCUGACCAAGGAUAGCAGAACUAUGCUCACUAAUGAUGAUGAUUUAGUAAUUAGAGAGGAACAUUUUGAUGAUGAUGCAUUUACAAAGGCAAGAAAGGAAGAUACAAAUGAUAAUAUCAAACAAAAAGAAUUCCGCAACAAGAUAGCAGAAAGAAGGAAUAAAGUUGCAGUGACUAAAGACAAUGUUGAUAAAGAAUAUAGAGAUACUUUAGCAUUUUUGAAUUCAUUACCUAAAGAUAUGUCUGAUAAACCCAUUAGAAAUGCAUUUAUGGAUGAAAAUCGACAGCAACAAUUGAAGGAAAAACGGGAACAGAAAUUAAGAGAUGAAUAUAGAAAUGUAGAGAAACAAUGUAGAGGACAUCACAAGUGUAGGCAUGUCAAAUGUUGUCAGAGUAGUUCAAAAUCAGCGAUAAAUAAAAACGAGGAUUCAAAUGAUGAUUCUCAGUACACAUGGGUACCGGUGCCUGAAAUAUCAAAGACACAAAGUAUUGAUGAUGUCACAAACAAACAUGGUAACACUGUUAAGUUUAGUAACAAAAAUGACUACCAUGAAUAUAGAUCAAGUCGGAAACAUUCACCACCAACUAAAGAUGUACCGAUCAAAUCGAAAGUAUCAAGUAGAUAUGUUGAAACUGCAAUUAUCAAGGAAUUAGGUGAUGAGACAACUGAUUGUUCAUCAAUAACAUCGGAUACUACGACGUCGGAAAAUUUUGCACUAAACAGAAGAAAUAAAAAGGAUAUCUUAGAAGAAUUGGAGCCAAAGUUAACUGAUGCUGAUAGGAUUAUUAUUUACAAAAUAUUAAAUUCUAAAAAUGACAAAAAGAAAAAAUGCUCUAAAACUAAAUUGGAUGAUAAAGUAAGGAGUGAAAAAGAGAGCGUUGAAUGUGAAAAUGUUGCUCGUGAAAAAUGUACGCAAAAAGCUGACGAUACUAAUAUGAAAAGCAAGACAUCGUUUGAUCAACUCACUGAAGGAAUCUACAAAGCAGUAAAUAAAAAUGGUCAGGUUUAUACUAAAAUGAGUAUUUACACAUCUAAUUCUGAAGAAUGGUAUUUGCCCGGGGAAAAAUUUCCAUGGUGGGACAAUUUGACUUCAUUGCAAGUCUGUGACCCAAGCUCAUCGGACAAGGAUCUCCAGCAGGGAGAUGGAGUGCGUCAGUGUUCAUGUGUUAGAUUGCAUUGUCAAGAUGUCCAUUCUCGGAAUGUUCCGACCGAGACAGUUACAACUGAAAGGUUUAUGCCUUUAGAUGUUUUUUUUUUUAAUUUGUCCUUUUUCAGACCUGUUUGUAAAUGCCAAUUUACAAUGAAUACGAAUAAUGCAGAAGGACAAACGAUUCACUAUCCCUCAGCUGCUACUUCAACUACGUCUCUCAAAAUUGGCGAACCUGUUGCACCUAUGGCGAACAAUGGUUGUCUAAAAGUUAUUGACGACGUGUGCCAAGAGAAUGGAAAGUUUUAUGUUGGAACCACAGGCUACCUCAAAGAUGAAGCUUACGAAGUAGUUAUACAGCUCAGGAAAAAAGAAAAUGCAAAUGGUAUUAACAACGCUCAAGAAGAGAAACCUAAAAAUCAGGAAGAAGAUAAUAAAAAUACAAAGAAUACCAAUUUUCCUACGCCAAAUCCUACCCCAAAAGUAGAUGUUAAUGAAAAUGCAGUUCAUCAAGUUACUAAGCCACAUACAGAGGAACCAACUAGUCCGUUGAUAGUAACAUCUCCCAAAACAACGGACACAAUUCCAGCAAAAAGCCCUCAGAAAUCAAAAUCAGUCAGUCAAGAUGAACAAACAGAUAAUAGUGUAUCUGCUAAUAAUCCAACUUCAUGCAAAAUCACUAAAAAAGCUACUUCGACGUACACACAGACGAGUUCUCCAAUUCACAAACCAAUUUUCAUGCAUAUGAGUUCAACAUCAACUGCCUAUAUGAGUCCUCCAGACAUUAUAAUGCCUAGGUUCUCUAAACGAGAUUACGACGCGUCUUACGAUGAAACAUAUGAUUCAAUUAAGGAAUCACAUAAUUCUAUGUCUUAUAAAAAUUUUAAAAGUUGUAAAUGCAAACAUGGUCAGAGAAGAAAAAAAACAACACAUCAAAGUGAACCUGUAACUAACAGCAAGAAAUUAAAUUAUCAAGUUGAAGACGUAUUUACAUCUAAUAAUAUAAGUAGUGCUGGUGAAUUAAGUGAUGCUUGUUGUAAAAAUUCUAAAACAACUACGGAUAGUGUUUAUUCAAGAAUCUGUUGUGCGUGUAGCAAGUCAAAAACCUGUCACAAACAUAAAAAGGAAGCAAAUGCAACUAAAACUUGUAAUCAUCGUAAAUCAAUGUCAUUACGCGAUGUACCGAGUAAGCAUGUUAAAUAUUCCAAAACUAAUGUAUCGAAAAGAAAAAUUAAAACUCCAUUGAAUCCCUUAAUUAAAGAAUAUGUUAAUAAAUUAUUAGAACUUAAUAAAGAGGGCAUGAAAGCUAUCGAAAUAAUAAACGAGGAAUGCAGUUCUGUACCAACACCGAGCAGUUCCAUUAUAAAUGACAAUCUUAAUCUAAAAGGCAAAUCAUUAGUUGAGAAAAAAAUAUCAUUAGAACAAAUUAAAAAUAUUCUGAAGGAGAAAAUUAUCAAUGAUCUCAAACUUAAGGAUGAUAUAAACGAGGCAGAACUCCCCAAAAGUGCUAAUGAUCAAGUAAACAAACAUUCAAAAUUGCACACAAAAUUACAUAAACGAAAACAACUACACAAAGUUAAAUCAUUAAAUAUUUCUAAAAAGGUUUCUACAACAAAUGAAUGUAAAAAUUAUUUACAUGAAAUUCAAUCCUCUAAGUCGAACACAACAUCUUCAUCUUAUAAAACCGAUACCAGUGAUCAGCCAAAUUGUAUAAUGUCUAAAAACUGUAAUAAAAAAGGUGAAAAAAAAUCGACACAGCCACAUAAAACAAUGAUGGGCGCACAAGACCAGAAACCUGCGUAUGAUAAUAAAAUUACAAAUGGUUCGGUGCCGCUUCGAUGCAGAUCUGAUAUUCCUCCUUCCUCAGAUUCAGAAAAUACAAUUAAAAACAAACAUCAUGAUAAAAUACACAUCCCGCCUUCUACCACAUCGACACAAACUAAUGUUUUUGUUUCCGAAGACAAUCUCGUUAAAGUUGCUGAAGGUAAGCUUCAGAAUAUGGAAAAAAUUGCAGAUCUUACUGAAAAAUGUACCAAACGUUUAUCAAAUCUUGCCAAGGUGCUAGAAGAAGUAAGACGAAACAAGUCGUUAUUUUAUAGUCAAAUAACAUCAUCUGACUCUACCUCGGACUCGGAGGCUGAAAGAAACAGAAAAAAAUGUACAGAAAAACCUUUAUCUCCGGCCAUUAUUGUUUCUGAGAUUCACAAACCCUCUGCCUCGAUAGAAGAGAAGGAAAAUAAUAUGGACAGUAAUACAUUUACCCCGUUACUUUCGGAUAUUCCAAAACCAGUAAACUUCUCAAGUCCUCUGUCUGAAACUGACUCUAUGACCACACUUGCUUCUAGCAAAGAAAGUUUAAAUAUAGAAAAUCCUCACAAUAGACCGAAGUCGAAACCGCCGCCAGCAUUAUCUAGAAUUUAUUUCAAAAAUGAACAAGAACAUAUAAUUCCCCAUGAAUUGUCGACGGUGCUGGAAGUAGAUUCGCCUAUGAGUUUAAAAGUAAAAAGUCAAUCGCGCAACGAUAUUAAUGCUGAUGUUAUAUCUAAUGCUUCAGUCAAAAGUGUUGACAAUAUUAAUACUGAACAAGGACGUAAGAGCGCUUUAAAUAUUUCACCUCCUACUUCGAGAAUGGAAUGCCUCGAAACAGAUUCAUUAAAAGCCACGAUGAGUGCAUCAAAAAAACUUCCCAAAACUACAAAUUUGAAUGGUGAUUCUUCAGACAAUUCGAAAUUACCUAUGAUGGACAUGAAUCAAUUUAACGAAAUUAUGCUAAAACCGUUUAUCAGUAUUAAAGAAUUCACUAAGAAAAAAAAAUUAGAAAACGGUGACUCAUCCAAUUUGGACGAUCAUUUAAAAGAAAUUUUAACGAAUGACGACUUGAGUUCGUUGCAUUCCGAGAAUAGUUUACCGGAUGUUAUAGCAGAAUUAUUAAAGAGAAAAAUAAUUAACGAACCUUUUAAAUUUGACACAGCGUCUAAUGUGAAUACGAGUACCACAUCAGAAUCCUCAAUAUCUUUGUUAGCUUUGACAAAUUCACACAAAGAUAAGAAAAGGACAACUACUUUACAUCAAGGCAAAAAAAACAUUAUAGAGACUUCUGAUACAUUGAGCAUCUCGUCAAAUCCAGAUUUGGAAAAUGCAUUCCAAAAAUUAGGUAUGGGCUGGGCUUCUUCUACGCUCAAGAAAACUAAAGAACGGCUUGCCCUCUCGUCGUCAUCAAAUACUUCCAGCUCGAGUGGACCUCAAACUCGAAGUAAAAUUGGUAGUAUCCCUCAGUCAAACGCUGAUUACAUAUUAGCUCUACAACAUAUCAAUGCAACAGGACGAAGCUCGAAAGACGGUGACCCGUCCAAAAAUGUACAACAGCAAACAUCUUUGUCCAAUUCUAUGACUGUUAAAGAAUUUCUUACCAAUCAACUUGCCAAGAAAAUAACUUUUUUAAAUCCGUCUUCUAAAGAUUUAACCGACCAAGAAUUUAUUUCUUUAUACGAGACUAAGAUGCCUGAAGAAAUGAAGAAAAUAGUAGAACACAAUCAAUCUGGCAACAGCGUAGGGAAUUGCACCAGCAACAGAGCACGGACAUCGACACCUGUACAAAUAUUUAGAUCAAUGACGUAUAAUUCCACUUCCAGUUCGAACACUUCGAACGGCUUGUUCAGUAACGCUGAUGACUUGUCGUCUGUAAAGGUUACAUCAAAUUCCAUUCGAAAUCAUUCCACUUCUGACAAAGAUGACUUGACCAUUCCAAAUUAUAUUUUAAAAGUUACUAAAGGACAAUCUGAUUGUAGUAAAAGUGAUUAGUUGACGUUGUAUAAAUAUACAAGAUUACUUUUUGAAAUUAAUUAAUUAUUGUAGCUUAAAUAUGUUAAUAUUGUUUUCU